CCCAUAGCGACAUGGUCCAAGAAGGGAGGAGCAGUGUGCGCUGCUGCAGCGCCAUCGUCUGCAUCGCUCGACCGUUGCCUGUCCCCAGGCAUAUCUGGAGGAAUAAUGCCAGCUGGUGGGGAGAUGAGCUCCGUCCAAAGGUGCACGAUAGGGAACGCAAAAUCGUCCCGUUAUCGGCCCUCCUGGAUUUCACAAGACGCGUUGCAUUCGGAGCAGGUGAUGCUGACCCACGUGGUGAAUCCCAGACACUUCUACGUGCGGUUCUACGCCGCUCGCUACCGCAACGAGAAGCUCAAGUUGGCGCUUUCCAAGUACUGCAUGGCCCAGACUAAAAACUCUUCAGCCAUACAAACCCUCAGCAUCGGCGAGGUUCUGUGCAUGCGGAGCUGCGUGAGCAAUAAGUGGCACCGCGUCAAAAUAAUUUCCAUCCGGGCUGGCGAGGAGUUGUGCGGUUCUGUGCAAGCGGAGGGGGGAGAGGCCACGGCCAGCCUCGGGCCUUUACGAAGCAUCGCAUUGAAAAGCACGACGCCAGUUUCCCACCGUGAAGAAGUUUCACUUGAAUCGGAAGGCACCCCUGAAUUCGUGUACAAAAGGGUCAGAAGGGUGUUUGACGAGCGGGAGUCGGAAAACGACGCGGCUCUCGGAGUGGCGACAGCAGCCGAAAUGACGUCUGUGGAAACUGGCUACGUGGCCGAUGAGGGCAUUGUGAAGGCGAGAGGCGGCGCUGCUGGGCAGACGCUGCAUGCGGCCGACAGAAGCGGCUGCGGUUUUGUCGAGGCAGAUUACCUCUCUCUGCUUGAAUGCACGCAUCCAAAACCCCCCGGUGUUUGUGGCUCGAUCACGAGCUCGCAAAAGCGAGAGGACGCGGAUGGCAAACGCGCGGACGCGUGUGGAGAGGGCGACGUUGCCAAAUGGAACUUGCCCACCGAGAAGAGCGCCGAACGUGCCUGUGAAAUCGGCGAAACGAGGGAAAAAAUUGGAGUGGUGUCGGAUCUGCUCACCUGCUCGGAGGAAAUGGAAAUGAUCGAUGGUGUCUUGGAAUGCGGCUGGGAACAUGAGAACAACUGUGCUGCUGCUGCACCUGACAGGCACCCAGGAGUGGAAGCAAGCGCUGACACUCAGUCGCCCAAACCGGCCUUUGUUUCACAGGGAGCGUCGUCAUUCCCCAUUGACAAAGUAACCAGGCUGAACGUUUUUCUGGUGGAUGAAGGAAGAACGGAAGUGUUUUACGUGAGAAGUAAACGUGCGCUCAAGCAGAGCAGAAGGAAUGCCGCGUGCGUGGUUUCGGAUUUGCAGCCACAUCUUCGUCGUCCAGACCAUGAGCUCAUGAGUCUGUUUGAGAAAGUCCCAGCGGCCGCCGUGCGCUGUGCUCUCAAGGAUGUGGUGCCCUUCGUCGUGGGUCAGGGUUGGAGUGCUGAGUCGAGCAAAGCGUUUGCCGAGAUGCUCCAGGGACAGAUUGUCCACAUGGUCGUGGCCGCCAGAGCUGGCGAUGCGUUCAUCGUGGACCUCGUGAAGUCCCCGAAUAACCAGGUGGAGAACGACGUCCCGGUGUCGCUCAGAGAUGCCCUCAUCUUCUUGGAGCUUGCCAGGUAG